CUAUCAUAAAAUCUGGCAUCCCUGCCCGAAUUUUCUGUCAUCCGAUUGAGAAACGCCAAAAACUGAGAAUUAAAAACAUUAGUAAUUGUUAUCUCUCAAAAACAAUAAGAUGUCUGAAGUGAAUAUUUCUGCACGCGCAUACUGCAAAAUAAUGCUCCACGCAGCAAAAUAUCCCCAUCUGGCAGUCAAUGGUUUGCUGCUCGGGGCGAAAGGAAACUUCCAAAAAGUCGUGGAUGCGGUUCCUCUGUUUCACCAGUGUCUGCAUGUGACACCGAUGGCCGAGAUUGCCCUCAUUCAGGUGGAAACCAAAGCUGCCCGGGAAGGGCUACAAAUUUUGGGUUACUAUGCGUGUUCUGAUAAUUUCUACGAGAACUCUUUACUGUCAGCCCCUGGAUCGGGAAUCGCGGGAAAGAUAGCGGAGAACGUGAGCGGCGCCGCCUUGUUCGCUGUGAUUGAUAAUCGAGCUCUCUCAAUAAAUAUGCGCUAUUCGGCACUUAAUGUGUGGCAGAACACGGAUGAUGGCUGGUCAAGGAUAAAGUCCACCGUUGAGGAUUCCAAGAAUACGUUCGACGCCGUUUCCAGUCUCCUGCAGCGGGGGGCUAUGAAGGAACUGAAUGAUUUUGAUAACUAUCUGGACAAUACCAAUAACGAUUGGGACAAUGCGCAUCUCAACCGCGAUCUUGGUCAAAUUUUGUCGAUGUAUUAAUUGCGGAGUCUUUUAUCUUCGCUAGUGCAAUUUGCAUUGUAGAUGCAUUCACCCUUUAUUUAAUACCAAAUCGAUAAUAACUUUCCUGUAAACACACAUUCAUACCUACGGUUGUUUAUACCUAUAUUUAAAAGAAUAUAUGCAAUUUCGAAUGAAAUUCAACCUGAAACAAA